AUGUGGUUUCUUGAUGAUGCUGAUACUAGCUCUAGGAAUAUCACCGCCAGUUGCCGCGAGAUACUCGCGGAGAGGCCUUCUUGGAAGAGUUCAGACGAUUCUGAGAACAUGUCGCUGGCUGAGAAGAUGAACAGAUGGCAAGGACUGAGUGAUAGAACGGUGGAGCGUGCUGAUUAUCCGGCUUCCGAGUGGUUGCACAUUGACUCUGCAGAUAUAUCCACCCAUGAAGAUGACGAGGAUAGCAGCCCAGAGCCAAAUUUUCCUGGUGUUCAAGCCUACAAGAGCUUGGUCAAAUCCGACCCUUCCUAUGGGAAAUUGAUUUCCGAUGUCUUUCGAGAAUGUAUGGUGAUGUCCACCUUACCAGACUCAUUGGAAGAGAUAUCCAGCGCCAUUUCCCGAAUUCUGCCUGCUUCCCCCCGAGUUAGCCGAAAGAUACCCCCAGAGCGAUUUAAAAUGAUGUUCAAAAUCGAUUGGGACCCGGUCGCAUUUCUCCAGGAGCAGCAGUAUUUGGAACCUCCGGAAUUAGCCAUUGGCCAGGCCAUUGUCCUGACAGGAUCGACCACUAUGGUUCAGACAUUGACGUGCUCAGAGUAUCUCCAGCAAACAUGGCCAUCCAGUGGAGUCAGUAUCCUGAAGCUCAUGCAAGAGCUCGUCAGACCUAACCAUCAUCCAGAAAGGUCAAUAUGCAUCUUGCCCGAUGAAACACAAGUCAAGGUUGGUAUAGAGGCCUCAGACGAUGGCACCAAAACAUCCAUCAUUGUGCUGGUGAACGCUCUCCCGAGCUGGAUUAUAGAGAUUGGCGAGGUUCUCUCAUGGAUGGGGUCUGCCCUGAAGACCUCCCCGCAUUCUGACCGUCUCGUCUUCUGCAAGCCUUCUGUUAUCAACGCUAGAAGAGGCCCAAGUGUGGGACUGAUUCUCUCAGACUUUACAUGUACCAUCCAGUUUACGACGCACAUGGCACCGGGUGACUCGCAGCUCAAUGGCCAGUGCUGGCAUGGUUUGUUUAAAAAUCCUGUUGUGGCUGAGGGCUUCCCCAUCGCCCGGAGACCAAGCCUGAAAAUAGGUCUAGAGAUACCCCUGGCCAUGAUGGCAAUCCUAGCAGGAACAUCUCAUGCUCACACUUUUGGCAAAAGUGUUUUUUUGAAGGGCUUCUCUACUAUGCUUGUCCCAACUGAGUCUGACGGAAAUUUCGUGUUAUGGCAUCUUAUUUCAUCCAAAGAUGGCAGUCGCAUAUCAUACAAUGAUGGUGUGGAGCUUGGCAAUGGCAAGACACAGCUUCUUGACUUGAAAAGCUCCCGCCAUAUCUUGGGCUGGUGCUCCACAAUGAAAUUCUUAGUUGGGUCCCGUGAUGCGCGAUACAGUGUCGAGACUUCCGGUCUCCCAAAAGCCUCGCCAACUUGUCUUCUCGCGAAUGUAACGAUUUCUCAGGGGCACAACGUUGCUGGAGCCACAGGAAACAUUUCUUUUGGUCUAAAGGAUUUCAAGUCCGGUGGCAGACGCAGAAAUUAUAUUCAAAAAUUGAAGUCAAUUGAGAAAAGGUUCGUGCUCCUCUGGGACGAAGGCCACAAACGUGGGUGGCUUGUAAACGGGGCUACUGCUCUGCUGCAUCUUGUGCGUGCCUCUCUUGAAGAAGACAGAAAUGGUGUCUUCUCUGCGGCGACUAUCUUCCAUCCAGCUAGGAUGAGGUAUCCUGAGCCAUAUCGGCCGUACUCUGCAUCUUGGGUUCUUGGCGACAAAUCCAACGCCAGAAUUCCUAUAUAUGAUGAUGACAAUGAUCCAGUGCUAUUUCAUGAGUACGUCACUCAGUUCUAUGAAAUUCUCGAGAAGGCAUUUGAUUAUCAAACAGCUGCUGUCAGUGCCAACCCAGAACGGUGUACAUCACGAUCACGACUAGAAGGCUGGGACUUUGAGAACUUGGCGGCUGAGCGCGAUCCUAUUUUUGCAAAGGAAGCCACUUUGGAUUGUGCGGGGAUGGCCUGGAUUGAUCUCAUACGAUCUGUUCAUGCAAUCACUCUUUUUGGUCGCGGAUUUGGGGAUAUGAUUCAACCCAUUGGUACUUGUUCUAAUUGGGGCCAAGUCCCUGCUGGAAACUCGUACUUGGUCAUCUGCCAGGAAGACCUCAAAGAGAUUGUUGCUUCCUGGUGUGGCAACUUAUCUGCAAGUCCACCCAUGCUGACAGACCAAAUAAUCUGGCACAUCCCAGAGAACACUGCAAUAAAAUGCCGGUGCAUUUCAACAAAAUAUAUGCGGCACUCGGAUAUCGCCCAGGUCCUGUUGCCGUCUACCAUGGCCUAUAAAGUCACUGGAGAAACGCUGAACUGUGAAGAUAAUAAAGGCGGUGCAUUCAUUUUUGGGCUAAACUCGAUGAACCUAUGGCACUGGCCGGAAGCUGGCGAGCCAUCGCGAAAGCCUAUCGUGUUGAUUGACGGUAUCAGAAACGACUGUGAAACCUCUGAGACACUUGAAAGUGGUAUGGGAGGCAGCUGCGACUCAAUAUCAUCAACCCGAGAAGACAGUUUCAAUCGACGUUCUGUUGAGCUUCGUACGGAACCGUCACUAACGGCCUUCUCAAUGACGUCCUACUCAAUCAGUGACAACUUUACCGUUGGCAUCAUUUGUGCUCUCCAUAUUGAGCUGAUGGCUGUGCGAAUCUUGUUCGACACUUCUCAUGAUAAUGUGAUGGUCCCACCUACAGACACAAACUCCUAUGCCUUUGGAUCUAUGGGCCAGCACAAUGUAGUUGCCACCUGCCUCCCGGAUGGUGAAUAUGGAACAAACUCGGCCGCCAGCGUGGCAUCUAAUAUGGGGCGAACCUUUAGUCGUCUACAAUUCUGUUUGCUAGUUGGCAUUGGAGGUGGGGUUCCGUCUGCCCGAAAUGAUAUUCGACUGGGAGAUGUCGUGGUUAGCAAGCCAAUCGGUAGCGGUGUUGGCGUCUUGCCAUAUGACAUGAUAAAGGCACAUGAGUACGGACCCGAGUUGAAUGGAUGCUUGCAACCGCCUGCACGAAUCUUGAGAUCAGUGUCAAGUCUGAUGCAGUCGGACCCAAGACUGUCUCGUGCACCUUUAGGGCCCUACUUACGGCAAAUCAGUGACGCGAACCCAGAAUAUGCAUACCCUGACGCUUUUACCGACAUACUCUAUGAGUCUGGAUAUACACAUCCUAGGGGUGAGGAAACAUGUGAGAAAUGCGACACGUCCAGGGAACUACUCAGACCGCCACGAACGUCCGAUCGGCCAAAGAUCCAUUACGGCUUGAUUGCAUCUGGAAACAAGGUAAUGAAAGAUGCAAGAGAAAGGGAUAAUCUAGCAAAAGAGUAUGGCAUCUUAUGCUUCGAAAUGGAAGCUGCUGGUAUCAUGAACAUUCUCCCAUCGUUCAUCAUCCGUGGUAUUUGUGACUACGCCGACUCCCAUAAGAACAAGAAAUGGCAAAACUAUGCCGCGGCUACAGCUGCCGCUUAUACCAAGCUCCUGCUUUUUCAUUUACGGCGUGACUCGGAGUCAAGGUCUAUGUCUCCUGCACUUGGUAGCUCGAGGUCUAUGGAAGGACUUGACAAUGGAUGGGCAUCGGUGGGAGGAGAAAGCGUUGAACAGGAAGUAGGCUCAGGCCCUGUCAAAAGACGGCGGAUAUGA